UUCCUGCUGUAGCCUCUCCUAUCUUUACCUUUGGAGCAAGCAGAGCAGUUCCCGCAGCAGGUCAGAUCCAAACUUUGCUAUGAGAAGCAGGAUGAAAGUUAUGAUGCUGCUGCUGCCUCUGGUUGCAUUUGUUUGUGUCUCAAAUGCUCUCAGCAGCGACAGCAGCAAUGACAGCAAGAAGCAGCAGCCCAACAUCUGGGAUGACACCAUCAGAUUCAACACCAAGACAAAGGACUCAUGCACCAUGGCAGUGUCUGUAGCAGGAAACUUUACUCGUGUGCGCGUGUCCUGCAGAACCCCAAGCCAGACUACAGGACGGUCCUACUACUGCGACUUCCAGGGAAAACCAACCCAAUGCCGAGCCUACAACAACAAUCCUCGCCACUACUUUACCCAGAUGAUGUGGGAGCUGCGGAAACUGAAAAACUCCUGCCAGGGAGCCAAGAUCUACCGACCACAUAUGUGCAGGAAAUAUUCUGAUGAGGCUCAAAUGACUUUUCUAAACUCAUGGCCAAAGACUUCAGCUCCCAAGCCUUCAAAGCCUGUCCAGGAGCAAAAUAAGCCAGCAGAACCAACACAAAUCAAACCCACUAUGAAGCCUCAAAAAGGUAAACCCCAGCUGGGCAAGGGCUCCCAGAGCAAGAAAAGUACCAUCAAGCCUGUGAAGACCACUACGCUCCCCACAGAGGAACCUGAAUCUAAGGUGUCACGCCUUGCUACAGAGUACUGCUGGAAGAGCUUCCACGGCCUCUGCAGCUACGUCAUCGGCUGGUUCCAAAACUGAGAUGCAUUUAGGUGGGUAAAGAAAAAUCAGGACAACGGGAACAUGUUGGAAUUACAAACAACACAGCAAAGCCUCCAGACUUUAAACUCUCUGGAAUCUGUACAAAACUACCUGGAAAUAUUUCCCUAAUAAGAGAGAGCUGACUCCUAAUCUUUCCAAGAAAUAUUAGACUAAGUGAUAUGCAUUUAGUUUUUAAACAUGUAAAAAAAAAUCACGAGAGGCAAAGAAAGAACCUUAUAAUGAUGUGUUUCUGUGUGUGAACGAUCUAAAAGUUGUACAACAUGAAAUGUUUCAGCGGCAUGUAUUCCAAGGAAGAGAAUAAAUUCAAGAAUGGUGACCUCUCA